UUAGGUUACUACUGAUCAUCGGCCAAUUCUUCUUCUUCCCUGGCGUCAGUGCCCUUUUCAUAAAUAAAUUAGGUUACUACUGAUCACGGUUGAAGCACCUUACUGCCCUGGAGGAAACGCUAAUUCAUCCGAAGAGUCGCUACCUCUCUCUCUCCGUCUUUUCUCCAAACCCAUAUCUGAUAUACAUCUGUGAUGGAUCCAGCACAGAACACAAGCGCAGCAGGGAUUGGUGGAAGCAAUGGUACAACGACGACGAUUGGAUAUGAUGGAACUGCAACUGCGUCUGAAGAUUCGAAGGAGAAUCUGAACCAAGUCAUAAACUCCAUUCAGAAGACUUUGGGACUCCUUCAUCAGUUACACCUUACUGUCUCUUCUUUCACUCCCGCUUCUCAGCUUCAUCUCCUCCAGCGCCUCAACUCUCUCGUGUCGGAGCUGAAUAGCAUGGCUAAGUUGUCCGAGAAAUGCAACAUUCAAGUCCCCAUGGAGGUUCUUAGCUUGAUUGAUGAUGGAAAGAACCCGGAUGAGUUUACAAGGGAUGUUAUUAAUAGCUGCGUUGCCAGGAAUCAAGUUACAAAGGGCAAGACUGAUGCUUUUAAGGAUUUGAGAAAACAUAUUCUGGAGGAGCUUGAAGAGACAUUUCCGGAUGAAGUUGAUAAGUACAGAGAGAUCCGUGCUGCCUCUGCCGCUGAAGCGAAACGGCAGGCGCAAGCGCAAAGUGUGUUGUUACCCAAUGGGGAUGCUAAGGUCAAGAACGAGCUAUAAGUUUCUCCUCUGGAUCUUCUUAAACUUGUAGAACCAAGUUUCUGUGUAGAAAACGAAUAAGACCCAGUUUGCAAUUUCUACAAUAUAUAUCUGCUUGUUU